CAAUAACAUUAUAAAAUAUUGUAAGUGUUCUGUUAAAAUAACGAUAUAUCUAUGUCCGCAGUAAAAAUUAAAAUACCAGGCACACGAGAGGAAACGUUUUUAGAUCGCAGACAAUCAAAUUAGCUCCUAAACUGAGAAAUUGAUAGCAGUACAAAUAAAAAUAAUAAAAUUGAAAAAAGACCUCGAUUGCAUGUCACUGCCGGUCUCGACAUGUUUGAAACGUGUUAGAACCGUCCGUGUGGCGCGUAUAUACUACGGAGAGUUCAUAAACCUUCUCUAUACGAACGGUGUUUACUUUAUUUUUAGCCACACCAGAAGACAAUAUAACAACGUUUCUGACUAUGAGAAGUCAUUUUAAAAAGAUUUAUGAUGUAAAACCUAUAGUAAAGUGUUGGUCUGAUGCUUGUCCAAAUAAAAGGUUAUUGAAAAACACUAUCAAUAUUCGUGAUUUUCAAGUUCUGCCACAUUAUUGUAAUUCAACCAUCAGUUCUACGGCGAAAAAAUCGGUAAAACAAAAAUACGACAAUAAUAAGUUAACUCGUCCGUCGUCGAGUAAAAAGAAACACAUAAACAGAAAUUUAAGUUAUGAAUCUGCAUAUAAUGAUGUUGAUUUCGAUUCCGUUGAAAAUAACAGUCGAACAAAUUCUCCCGAAGACCAUCAUAGCAACCGUGAAGAUGAAUCCAAAACGAUAAAUAGACAUGAUCGUACAAUAAAGUCUAUUCAUCCGAAAAAAUCGUCAAAAAAAAAAGAUCAUUUUUUUCAAAAUACGACAAAUGAUUCAUACCAACGGUUCCUCGAAGAAAUGACUAACGAAGUAGUAAGGCUUGACUUGUGCACAGAUAAAGCAUUACAAAAUGUGUUUAGAAAACAUAUUAAACACAACAUUGGAAAACUCGAUGAGAAAAAAAUGAUGGUAGAAGUGAAAAAAGUACAAGUGUUAUUGGAUUUACCAUCUGAUAAUGAAGACAGAUUUACUGGAUUUGAUGAAAUAGCUACGCUUCCAACAAAUGAUGAAACUGUUAAAUGUAAUUUUUCCACAAGUAAAUCAGGAAAAUAAUUUAUAGCAUUUACAAAUAUA